GGGACCAAGCCAAAACUCCUUACAAACCACAAAGCUUUAGCCUAGGAGUGCCCUCCAUGUCUAAGAUGUGGUCUUUAACUACAAAAGAAUGAACAAAAUUAAACCAAUUAUAACUACGCAAAGAAAACCCGAUGUUCGCCAGCAUAUCAGCACAAAAAUUGGCCUCCUUAUAAAUAUGGGAUAUCAUGAAGUCCAUGGUGCGGGAAACCGCCACACAAUGCAAACAACGAGAUCUGAUAGACCACGGAACAAGGAAAACAUCCUUGAAAGCACUUCAUAUGUGCGCAAAAACAUUUUUAGGUGGGCCCCAUCUCUUUCUUUCUUUCCUUCCGUUUUGGUGGGUGAUCCAAAUAAGAAAAGUGUAAUCUUUCCAUCAACUUUCCUUCUCUUCAAGUUUCUUUCUCCAGAAACAAACAUAGUGAGAGACGCAAUUUAUUGCAGAACAGAGCAUUUGCAUCUGGAAGAAGAAUGAAGAAGCAUGCAAUGAAGAAGAAAAGAAAACGCUCUUGUUGUGACUCUCAAAUCUCCGAUCUCAAAACCCUAUUCCCUUUGUUACUCGCAUCCUUCUCAAACCAACCCCAAACCACUCUUCCCUUUCUCAACAAAUGCUUAUCCAAAUUUCGCAACUCUCCUCUCCUCUCCAAAUCCUCCGUCACACCCAUCCUCGCCUUACUUCCAACACUCCUCUCUUCCACACACUCCAAAAUCGCAAUCCGCGCCGCCAAUAUCAUCGGCGCCGCCUCACUCGUUUCCCUCGAAAUCAAUGAGGAAAUCGCUACCGAUUCCGAAACUGUUAAGGGAUUGAUCUCUCUGUUGGAGAAUUCCGAUAGAGAUGUUGUGUUCUCUGCUUGUAAUGCCGUGUUGGAUUUGUCUAUCACCGCCUUCGCUCAACAACAACUUCUCAAUUUCGAAGCACUGCACAGAUUAAUGUUUGUGUUUCUUCAGAUUUUUAAGCGUCUGGAAUCUGUCUGUUUAUGGUGCGAGGGCAAUGAAAGAUUUCACUCACUUAAGAUUGGGUUUAGGGAGGACGAAUUAUCAAUGGCUUUACUCAGUGCAAUUACUGUUCUUAUCAAUGCAUGCGAUCUUAAACAACUACACAAUAUCCCUAGAAGCCUUUCUGAAGCAAUCCUGAGGCUUCUAAAAGAGAUAAGGGCAAAUGCUAGUCAUGAUUUGUUGAUCAAAGGUACCCUGAAAUCUAAUGAUGAAGUACGUGUUUGUAAGAGUCACAUUGGCGUAAGUGAUCUUGCCGAAAGCAUCUUUAGGCUUUCCAUUUAUGCCUCACAACUUACUGUCUCUUUGCCAUUUGAAGUGGUCCAAAGAGGUCUUUUUGGUACAAGUGAUACUAGUUUUGAAGAUUUUAUGUCAAAUUAUUGGGAAGUUUCACCUUUUCUUCUAACAAGGACAUUGGAUGAUCUCAAAGUGAAUGAUUUGUUUAAUCCAUUUAUACAAUCUUUGAAAUGGAAUGGGAGUGUUCCUUCCCUCCUUCAUUCAACUCUGCAAGGUCUUGUGUCUUGUUUUCCUAUUGCUUCAGAGGAGCAAAACAUCCUCAAUUUUCUAAAUGAGGUGAAAGAUAGACUUGGUUGUCCUAUAAUCUACGAGCAGGAUAUCCGAAUUGUAAAAACCGAGAGCCAAUCGGAAAAAGAGACACAUUACUUUCAGGACUUUCGGCCGGACUGCCUUAAGGAACCUCUGUGUUUAACUACUGAAGAUGUCUUAAAGUGUGAGCAAGCUUAUAAAGAGGGUUAUACUGUUGCUCUGCGUGGUCUGGAGUUUCGAUAUCAGAGUAUUGCUGCUAUUGCUGAUGCAUUAGCACUUAUGUUUGGACAGCCUUCAGUAGGUGCCAAUUUGUACUUAACACCACCUACUUCUCAGGGUUUGGCCCGUCACUUUGAUGAUCACUGUGUAUUUGUCUGCCAAAUUUUUGGCUCGAAGAAGUGGACAGUAUAUUCUCGACCCGGCCAGCUGUUACCCCGCUUAUAUGAUAAUCUCUGUAGUUCUGAUGUUGACUGUACAAAAGUUGCUAGAAGUGAGUUCUUUCUCAGGGAGGGUGAUGUAUUGUAUAUUCCCAGAGGUUUUCCACAUGAGGCCUAUACAAAUUAUGGUGUUGAUGAUGGUUCUCCUGGAUUUUCAUUGCACCUUACACUCAGUAUUGAGGUUGAACCUCCUUUUGAGUGGGAAGGAGUAGUUCAUUUUGCUCUUCGUUGCUGGAGUGAAAAGUGGAAAAGACCAUGUUGUGAUGCCAUUAACUCUCUGUCUCAAAAACUUGUUCUCGUCUCUGUGAAUCUCUUACAUGUUGCCAUUGGGAUUAUUAGCACUUCUGAUCCUAGUUUCCGGAAAGCAUGCUUGACUGCUGCAGAUUCCUUGCCGUUGGAUGUUAAUAAUAGACUUACCCAGAAUCAGAGAAAAUUUUUUCUUGACUUGAUCGAUAAAAUAUGUAACGAAUGUAAAUUCUCGGAAGUGCUGAGCAACGUAGAGGCUGCAAUUCAGAAAAAUAAAGAUCCAUUUGAGCAAAUCCGAUGGCUUUGGGUUCUUAGUAUGGAAAAAGAGGUCAACAAAGGAUACACGGAUAGAUCUUUCAUUAUUGAAAAUCUACGCUCGUUGUGUGCCGAACACAAGGACAAGUUAGAGGCUGCUUUUCUGAAAGUGAAGUCUAGGUUUUGUGGUGAGGUGGUAUUUGAGGACAUUGUAACUAGUCACAGGAUGCUUCUUCAGAAGUAUAAAAGGACAAGAAGGCAAUAUAUUAAUGGAAUGAUUUCACUUCAUGAUAAAUUAUAAUACUGUUUUAUUUUAUUUCAGUUUCCCCUGCAUUGAUGAGGAAUUGCCGAAUCAUUCACCUAGUGGAAUGCUUAACAUCAGUAGCUUUUUACCGACCAAUUCAUCAGUUUUUGUAUGUUUCUGUGAACUAUAUAUAGCUUACAAUUUAUGUUCUGGUGUAUUUGAAAACUAGAUAAGAAAAAAGAAUCAUGUACUUACUUCCAGUAUAUAAACAUAACUUUUUUUCUCUCCA